AAGACACCACUUACAGGCCACCACUUACCAAAAGCUACCACAAAGUACGGAUGCCAAUAUUGACGUGGGCUAUUAAUUCAAUGGCUCUAGAGGAUCUCCGUGAUGAUUUUAUGCUCUAUGUGUUGAGAAGCGAAGCGUAGAUUCAUCUUGUUUUCUUCCUCCUCUCUCCUCUCCUACCACACUAUUAUCUGCUUGAACUAUUAUGUACAGAAAGUGAUGAAAGGGACAUGUUAUUAUAUUGAUAUCCUCCAUUCUAUAUAGAUUUCUUACCAAAGUAAACUUUAAAGCGGCUUCGUCUUCGGCUAGAUCGCCGCUAAUAAUUAGGGGGGGGGGCACCUAUACUAGUCAAACGCUUAGUUGCAAUCCAGAUAGAAAUCUUUAACAUAUUUAUCUUCUACAGGACCUAUUCAAUCCAUCUUAUGAAUCUGAUUUCCAACAAAGAUACGAUACUCCCAAAAUGAACUUUGCACAACAUGCAAUAAGCUCCCAAAGCUCCUCUACACCUACUACAGCACCUGCUUCAAUGGUAACCACUGGCAAGCCUGAUCCUUUCAUUAAUAUCGCAUCCCCUUACAUUCCAGCUUACAUCUUUGGAUGAAUUUUAUGCAUAUUAUUAUCAACUUUUUUUGCACAACUGUCAUUCUUUACUUCUCUUUUUCAGAUCUAGAAUAAACUCACCAACUACUGGACAUUAUUAAUAUAGCCUCUACGUCACUUUCGUCGAAACAUGCUGGCUUCGAGAAUCCAUACCCGGGCUCCAAAAGAGAAGACUUUUCUGGUAAAAAUCUUCGUAGUCCUCCCGGAACGAGCGUACUUCACUAUUCCCGUCGCUCCCAUUCUAGCGUUGUUUUGUGUUCGACAAUCUUUUGCGAGAAAUGUCUAAAAUGUUACAUUCUCGGCGAAGGUGCCUUUGGAUUUGUCUACCUAGUUGAAGAGAUAAAGACAAGAAAGACGUUCGCUGUCAAGUUAGAAAUGAUGAAUACAGGGGGGGAUUUGCGGCAGGAGUGGGAAUUGCAAUGUCAUUUAGAUCACCCAUCGAUUGUCCGAGUGCUGAUGACAAACGGUAUAUCGAAGAAGCCACUAUUAAGAUACUUCAAGGAUAUCCUCCUAGGGCUUCAAUAUUUGGUAGGUACUAGUUCCGAACUAGAGAUGAUAUAUCCUCAAAAUGAAGAUUAUCGCUGUUGCUAGAUUAUCAGCAGCAUUCCCAAAACAUCA